CUCCCCCGGUCUCACUCACACUCCUUCAUCGGGCUCGGCCCGCGCGGUCGUGAGUUCGUGACUGCGGAGGAAGUAGCGCAGGCGAAAAGGCUGCAGCAGUGGACGGCGGCGAACCCUAGCCUAGCUCCGCGAGUGCGUUGGCGGUUUGAUUCGAUGGCCGUGGCGUCGCGGCUCGCGGUCACGCGUGUGUCGCCGGCGGACGGCGCGCGCCCCGCGGCGGCGGCGGGGAGGAGGAGUGGGCUCGCGGUGGUUCGGCUCCCGCCGACCGACAGCAGGGGGAGAAGGAGGAGGCGCGGCGGGGCCGUCGCGGCCAGCCCCCCGACGGAGGAGGUCGUGCAGAUGACGGAGCCGCUCACCAAGGAGGACCUCGUCGCCUACCUCGUCUCCGGGUGCAAGCCCAAGGAGAACUGGAGAAUUGGCACGGAGCAUGAAAAGUUUGGUUUUGAAGUCGACACAUUACGCCCUAUAAAAUAUGAUCAGAUUCGUGACAUACUGAACGGGCUCGCUGAGAGAUUUGAUUGGGAGAAGAUAAUGGAAGGAAACAUUGUUAUCGGCCUCAAGCAGGGAAAGCAAAGCAUCUCACUAGAACCUGGAGGCCAAUUUGAACUUAGUGGCGCUCCUCUCGAAACGUUACAUCAAACUUGUGCUGAGGUCAACUCACAUCUAUAUCAGGUCAAAGCAGUUGGAGAAGAAAUGGGAAUAGGAUUUCUUGGGCUUGGCUUUCAGCCAAAAUGGGCACUGAGUGAUAUACCAAUAAUGCCAAAGGGAAGAUACAAAAUAAUGAGGAAUUACAUGCCUAAAGUUGGUACCCUUGGCCUUGAUAUGAUGUUCCGGACAUGUACUGUGCAGGUUAAUCUUGACUUCAGUUCAGAACAGGAUAUGAUAAGGAAAUUUCGUGCUGGCCUCGCAUUGCAGCCUAUUGCAACUGCAAUAUUUGCCAAUUCUCCCUUUAAAGAAGGAAAACCAAAUGGAUUUCUCAGCCUAAGGAGCCAUAUCUGGACAGAUACCGAUAACAACCGUGCAGGGAUGCUCCCUUUUGUCUUUGACAACUCAUUUGGGUUUGAGCAAUAUGUGGAUUAUGCAUUAGAUGUCCCCAUGUAUUUUGUGUACCGAAAUAAUAAGUAUAUUGACUGCACCGGAAUGUCAUUUCGGGAUUUUAUGCAAGGAAAGCUCCGACAAGCUCCUGGGGAGUUGCCUACUCUUAAUGAUUGGGAGAACCAUCUAACAACAAUUUUUCCUGAGGUUAGGUUAAAGAGAUACCUUGAGAUGAGAGGUGCUGAUGGUGGCCCAUGGAGGAGAUUGUGUGCGCUGCCUGCAUUUUGGGUUGGGCUGCUGUACGAUGAGGAAUCAUUACAAAGCAUUUUAGACAUGACUUUUGACUGGACACAGGAGGAAAGAGAGAUGCUAAGACAUAAGGUACCGUUGACUGGUCUGAAGACACCAUUUCGCGAUGGAUAUGUUAGAGAUUUAGCCGAGGAAGUUCUAAAACUGGCCAAGAAUGGAUUGGAAAGAAGAGGAUACAAGGAGGUCGGUUUCCUUAGAGAGGUUGACGAAGUGGUGAGGACAGGAGUGACACCUGCCGAGAGACUUCUGCAUCUGUACGAGACGAAGUGGCAACGCAACGUAGACCAUGUUUUCGAGCACUUGCUAUACUGAUGUUGUAGAUGUACCCUAGUACAAAAAUCUCAUCUUUGAUUCAUUCAACGCCUUGAGUGGGAGGGCACAGGAACACAGCUUUUGGUUAAGUUGCUGACCGGGGGAACAGCUACCCGGUGCUGCGUGCGGUGCCUACAAAUAACUUCGCUCGGGACGGAUCACUACUCUCUAGGGAGAUGGAACAAAUCACUGUUUGUACCGGCCCUUUUUGUUUCUGUUUUCCUUCAGAGAUGGAGAUGCCGUAUUGAAAAUAAGUCCAUCUUCUGU